AUGGUUUAUGUAUUAUCGGUAAGACCGAAGUUAUUAUAUCUUACUAAUAAACAAUUACAAACAAUUGGUAAACGAUUAGCAUCCUCAUCUACAGCAACAAAAGCAUUAUCAUAUUCACAACGAUCACUAGCUAAUACUGCUACUACUGGUACUGCUAAUAGUACCACCACGACAGUCGUUGCCAAACAAUCAGUUAAAAACAAUAACACAUCCUCAUUCAAGAAUGGGAGAAAUGUUGCGCUUGUUUCAGGCAUAAUUAUAGUUGGAUCAUAUAUAACAUUCAAUCAAUCAAAUUAUUAUAAUUUAGAUACAUUACCCUCCCCUCCACCAUCACCAUCUCCUACAACAACAACCACUACCACCUCCUCUAAUCUCACAACCAGUGGAAAACUCCUAGAAGAUAAACGAUACUUUUCAACCUCCACCUCAUCCCUUCAUGAAAAUUCAAUCUCAAAUCAACAAAACAAACAAGGCAUCUACCUCUUAAAUGAAGAACAAGUCAGCGCCAAACUUCGUCAAUUUGAAGAACUGUAUUUCGUUAAUCGUGGCAAAGGUGUCACCCGAUAUGAUAUUUGUCAAUUAGCUUCCAAUUCCCCCAUUGAAGAUGAUAGACUGGAAGAAAUUGUUCAAGUGCCAAUAUUACAAGAUAAUAAUAUAAAAGUUUUAACUGAUUGGAUGUUUUUUGGGGUAUUUGAUGGACAUGGUGGUUGGACCACUAGUUCGAAAUUAAGAGAUCAAUUGAUUGGAUAUAUAAUUCAUGAAUUGGGUACUAUAUUCAAACCAGUUCCAAAUAAUGAUGAAGGAUUAAGGUUUGCUCCUAAUAGUGCUACUAUUGAUCAAGCUAUUAAAAAUGGUUUCUUGAAAUUAGAUCAUGAAUUAGUGAAUAAAAAUAUUGAGAAAUUGUUAAAUGAUAAUAAUAAAGCUAAAGCAGCCGAAUUAUUAAUGCCUGCAUUAAGUGGUUCAUGUGCAUUACUUUCCUUUUAUGACACCAAUACCAAGAUGUUAAAAGUUGCCGUCACGGGUGAUUCCCGAGCCAUAUUGGGAUCGUUCAAGGAUAAUAAAUGGACAGUAAGACAAUUGAGUAUUGAUCAAACCGGAUCAAAUCCUACAGAAGUAGCAAGAAUCAUAAGUGAACAUCCAGAUGAACCUAAAGUGAUUAGAAAUGGAAGAGUUUUGGGUAGUUUGGAACCAACGAGAGCAUUUGGGGAUUGUAGAUAUAAAUUACCUGCAAGUAUUCAAGAAAGAAUAUAUAAAACAUUUUUUGGUAAACGAUUACCAAAUUAUUUAAAUUCCCCACCAUAUGUGACUGCCGAACCAGUUAUUACAACCACCAAGAUAAAUCCUGAAAAUAAUGAUUUUUUAGUCAUGGCAAGUGAUGGAUUAUAUGAAAUGUUAACCAAUGAAGAAAUUGUCGGGUUGGUGGUUAAAUGGAUGGAAAAGGAAAAAAUGAUAAAACCACAACAAUCAUUCUGGAAUAAUGUUUGGCCAAUUGGACAUACUGAGAAGAAUAAAUUACCUGAAGUUGAUGAUAUCACUAAUGACAAGACUUCGAGGAAACCAAUUCGAAAAUUCCCUAAUCUGAAAUUCUUAUUAGAAGAUAGAAAUGUUAGUACUCAUUUAAUUAGAAAUGCAUUGAGUAACGGUGGAUCAAAAGAACAUACUUCAAUGUUGAUUUCUAUUCCAAAUCCUGUAAGUAGAAGAUAUAGAGAUGAUUUAACGGUUACGGUUGUAUUUUUUGGAAAUGAUAUCAGGGGAGUUAAUGAAGAUGGAAAAUUGGAAAUUAAUCAAGUUGCAACUUCUGGUGGACCUGAUUCAAGUAAACCAAAGUUGUAG